AUGGAUGCCGACUUCUUCGCCGCGUUCAACAAAGAUCUGCGUCAUCCGACUCUGUGGAAGCAGUUCCACGAGCAACAGCGACAAAAGAAAGGGCUGAGCGGCCCAACCACCACCACCCCGCUUCCAGAGGUGGAUGCGGAGUGGCUCUUCUGGGAGAUGAUGAGGAUAUCUCGGACACCAGACCCAUACAUGUUCCCCGCUCUGCAGAAACUGAGAGCAUCGGGGAAAUUCCUCAUGGGUGCUCUGUCAAAUACGACCAAGUUCCCCGAAGGACAUCCUUACAACAAGGAUGAGACAGGAGUUCGAUCGCAAUUUGACUUUUUCAUUUCGUCGGCACAUACGGGGCUUCGCAAACCUGACCCCAAAAUCUACGAAGUUGCAAUUCAAGAAAUGAAUGCCCUGGCCAAGAAGCGUGGACUCGAAGGGGUCAAGCCCUCGGACAUUGUUUUUUUCGACGACAUUGGCGAGAACUUGAAGGCUGGAAAACGGGCUGGGCUGCGUACCGUGAAAGUAACACUCGGUAAGACCCGGGAUACUGUUAAAGAGUUGGAGAAGAUCACUGGUCUUCAACUGUUAGAUGACGUGGAUAAGGCACGCCUCUGA